AUGCAGGAAUUAAAUGCGCAAUUACAAGACUUACUAGAUAAAGGCUACAUCCGCCCUAGUACUUCACCAUGGGGAGCACCAGUGCUAUUAGUAAAGAAGAAAGAUGGGAGCAAGCGGCUUUGUAUUGACUAUAGGGAGUUAAACCAAGUCACAGUAGAGAACAAAUAUCCCCUACCCCGAAUCGAUGAUCUAUUCGACCAACUCAAGGGAGCGGGUGUAUUUUCAAAAAUCGACUUGAGGUCCAGGUACCAUCAAGUGAAGGUAGCCGACCAGGACAUUCUUAAAACGGCUUUUCGAACCCGAUACGGCCACUACGAGUUCACAGUAAUGCCAUUCGGAUUGACUAAAACGGCUCCCGCUGUAUUCAUGGACCUUAUGAAUCGCGUGUUUCGCCCUUACCUAGAUGAUUUUGUGAUAGUGUUCAUCGACGACAUCUUGGUCUACUCUCGGACUAAUGAGCAACAUGAGAAACACAUGCGGACUGUGUUGCAAACACUGAGGGCAAAGCAAUUGUACGCCAAACUCUCUAAGUGCGAGUUCUGGAAAGACAAUGUGGCGUUCUGGGGCCACGUAGUGACCAAGAAAGGAAUCAUGGUGGAUCCGGCAAAAAUCCAAGCAGUUAAGGGCUGGCCAAUACCAACAACAGUUGCGGAAGUUAGAAGCUUCCUCGGGCUGGUAAGGUACUAUCGCAGGUUCAUGCCUGAUUUUGCUAAAGUGGGCCAGCCCAUGAUGAGACUCAUGAAGAAGGAAAUCCCCUUCCAGUGA